CGCUAGAAGAGAACGGUGAGGGUGGGAUGCUGGUGAGGAGGUUUGUGGUGACUCUACCUCAAGCAGAAAUCUAAAAAUUUUGAUUUUUCAGGAUGUUUUUGGAAUACAGUUUUUUAUCAUCCUUUUGUUCUUUGACUGCCAGUGUUUUGAGGUGCUGAAGAUCAACCACAGCCACAAAAGUUCAGAUUUUUGUAUGACAGGUGCUGUCUUAAUCCCGAGAGGAGAGUGAGAGCAUUCAAGAAAGAUAGUUUUUCCUGUGAUCAGCUGCGUACACUGACGUGAGUGGACCUAUGGAGAAAUUCAAAGCAGCCAUGGUUCUGGGUGCUGCUGGGGAUGCCUUAGGCUACAGAAAGGGUCACUGGGAGAGCUGCACCUCAGGCAAGAAGAUCCAAGAGGAGCUUGGCUCUCUGGGGGGACUGGGAUCCCUGAAACUGGAUCCUGACAACUGGCCACUGAGUGAUGCGACACUGAUGCACAUGACCACAGCAGAAGCCCUUAUAACAGAUUACUGGUGUCUGGAGGAUCUGUACCGGGAGCUGGUGCGCCUUUACGUUGAGGCCAUGGUGUCUCUUCAGGGCAGGGCUCCGGAUCCUGCCACAGUCGAGGGCUGUGUCCACCUCAAACCACACAACUUCCUGCUUGCCUGGCACACACCUUUUAAUGAAAAAGGUUCUGGUUUUGGGGCAGCUGCUAAGGCCAUGUGUGUGGGUAUGAGAUACUGGCAGCCUGAGAGACUUGACAGCCUGGUGGAGGUCAGCAUCGAGAUUGGCCGAAUGACCCACAACCAUCCCACAGGCUUCCUUGGUUCCCUAGCAUCGGCACUGUUUGCAUCCUAUGCAAUCCAGGGGAAACCUAUUGUUAGUUGGGGCCGUGAGCUCAUAAAGGUCAUCCCUCGAGCUGAGGACUACUGCAAGAAGACCAUACGACACAUGUCAGAGUAUCAGGAAAACUGGUUCUACUUUGAGGCAAAGUGGCAGUUUUACCUUGAAGAGAGGGGGAUCGAGAAGGAAGGACAAAAUAAAGCUUCAUUUCCUGAUUCCUCUGACGCUGAGGAGACAGACAAGAUGUAUAAGCGCUGGAGCUCAGAGGGCCGUGCAGGCCGCAGAGGUCACGAUGCCCCCAUGAUAGCCUACGAUGCCCUUCUAGCUGCAGGCAGUGACUGGACUGAGCUGUGUAAACGAGCAAUGUUUCAUGGAGGUGAAGGUGAAGCCACAGGCCUGAUUGCAGGUUGUCUCUAUGGUCUCAUGCAUGGCCUGAGUAAAGUUCCCCAAAGCCUGUACCAGGAUUUGGACAAAAGAGAGCGCUUGGAAGAGCUGGGUCAAGCGCUUUACAAAGCAGCAUCUGCAGAGAAGUGCAUAGACAAGUAAUUCUUCUCUUCACUGGCCUGAACCCUACUGGCUGCACUGAGGAACUGCACAUGACUCUAAAACUGCUUGCCUUUAUCCUACACUACCCUCUACUCCCUAUACACUGAUCUACUAUGAACUGAAAUAGUUCAAAUGCUUCAGCUGGCAGCUGCAAAAAUGUUCUGCAAUGACUGCAAGUAUUUUAUUGGAGCAAGUGUGUUCAAUAAAACUCCCUAAAGCACUGACAGGCUUAAAUUGUUUUUCAAAUGUCUGACAACACAAUGGAAACUACACAGAGAUAGGCUUUCUCAAGUUUAACUAUCAAAAUAGAUUUCCUUCUGACAUCCUUUUCUUAAACUAACCUGUAUUAACCUGAAGCACUCAGUGCUGUGUAAAUGCUGGUUAAAGCCUAUCUGCUUUGAAGAUA